CACAAAUAACAAUAACAACAUACCUCUUUAGAAAAUCAAAUUAAAAAUUCAUAAGUAUAAUUUUCGUACUCUGUACUUAUAACAAUAAUCUGUCUGUGAGAAGAAACAUUUUUCUUUAACUAUACUGAUUGUGUGGCAGCAAAAGGCAAGUUGGUAGAUAAAUGCAAUAUUUUGUGUACUGUGGAAUAAAAUCCACACAUUUUAAAUGAGUUGACGAUUGAGCGGCUUAAAAUGCAACAUCACUUACAAUUACAACAAGAACAAUCAAGUAUGGGAAUAUCAGAAAAUUCUUCCAAAUUAGAUGAAAUCGGUCAUCAGCACUUUGAUAAUCAUUCAUUAACAUUAACAAAUUUGAGUGAAAACCUCAUGUCUGACCAUAGCGAUACAGAAUUGGAACACGAUCCACAUCGAAAACGAAAACAGAGGCGUUAUCGAACAACAUUUACAAGUGUUCAACUUGAGGAACUUGAAAAAGCAUUCUCUCGAACUCAUUAUCCCGAUGUUUUCACGAGAGAAGAGCUCGCAAUGAAAAUUGGGUUAACAGAAGCAAGAAUUCAGGUUUGGUUUCAAAACCGUCGUGCAAAGUUUCGAAAACAUGAAAAAGUUGGACCAUCGGGUCAUCCUUACAAUUCAUACAUGCCUACUGCACCUUCAGCAACAUCAAGCGCGCUACAAGCAAAUCCAUUUACGCAUUUAGGAUUUAAUUUCAGGAAGCAAUUUGAUGCUGCAAGUUUAGCAGCAUUUCGUUAUCCUCAAUUGAGUGGAAAUCCAAUGGUUCCAUCAGCUUAUUUUAAUCAAUUUCAUCGUGCACCACCACCACAUCUUCUUCAUCCUAGUAUGAAUGGUUUCUAUUCACCUGCAAAUGCGUCAUUUCAAACUCUACUAGCAAAUAUAUCUGCAGCUCAACAUCCACCAACUCUACAACAGUUCUCAACAAAAUCUCCAUCUGAUUAUUUAUCAUCGAUUCCUGUAAGUUCUGCACUUUCAGUGUCGCCACCAAUUUCACCAACCGAUUCAAAUAAAUCAUCAACUUCAGCACCAUUGACUCCAAUUAAUGUCUCAUCACCAGCUUCACAAAUAUCACCAAAUUCCUCAGUUGCUGCAACUCCAACAGUUCAAAACUCAUCGCCACCACCAGAAGAUCGUCGAAGUUCAUCGAUUGCAGCAUUACGUCUGAAAGCACGCGAGCAUGAAAUGCGACUUGAGAUGAUUCGACAUAAUGGAAAUGAUGAUGGAAAGAAUGUUUAAAAUUUGUUAAUUUUAGGUUAAUUUAUUUUAUUAAUCAAGAUGAUGUUAGGAUAACUUAAAUAAUAACAUAAAAUGCAAUUUAUUUUUUAAAAAAUUUAAAGCGUUGUUAUUUAUAAAACAUUUUUGUAGAUUUUAAUUCAUAUUUUUAAUGCCAAUAAAUACAAUUGAUUCAAAGCACUAAAACAAAAUUGUUUUUUAAACUCAAAAACACAAAUAAUGACAAAGGAGUCCAUUGGAUAAUAUAACUCAGACAGCUG